AUGCCCAGUCGUCGCGCAGCUUCACCGGCGGCUUCAGAGCCGGAGCUGGACAUCCUCGACUCUCUAUACCCAGGCGACGAGGAGAAUGGAGAGCAGGGAAUGGGCAAAGAUGGCCAGGAUGGACUCGACUUUGAUGGCUUUUUCAAUGCGGGCGCGGCUGGAGGAGGCGAAGACGACGAUGAAGCAUUCAUUGCGCUGCAGCAGGCAGCUUCAUAUCGCAAGGCUUCAAACUUGAAGGGCAGAACGGUCAAGAAGGGCGGUGGCUUUCAAGCAAUGGGUAUCAAUGCGAACCUUCUGAAGGCCAUCGCUCGCAAAGGAUUCUCGGUCCCGACGCCGAUUCAGAGAAAGACGAUACCACUGGUUCUCGAGCGGAAAGACGUCGUUGGCAUGGCCAGGACAGGUUCGGGAAAGACUGCGGCCUUUGUCAUCCCCAUGAUUGAGAAACUGCGCGCCCACAGCUCCAAGUUCGGUAGCCGAGCACUGAUUCUUUCGCCCUCCCGAGAACUGGCCAUCCAGACCCUCAAGGUUGUCAAGGAACUCGGCCGAGGAACAGAUCUCAAGUCGGUCCUUCUGGUCGGUGGUGACAGUUUGGAGGAGCAGUUUGGCUUCAUGUCGGCCAAUCCCGAUAUUGUCAUUGCCACACCGGGUCGAUUCCUGCAUCUCAAGGUUGAGAUGGGUCUGGAUCUCUCAUCAAUCAAAUAUGUCGUAUUCGACGAAGCUGAUCGACUUUUCGAAAUGGGUUUCGCAACUCAGUUAACCGAGAUUCUACACGCACUCCCCCCUUCAAGACAGACACUUCUCUUCUCCGCGACACUUCCAGCUUCAUUAGUCGAGUUUGCCCGGGCCGGUCUGCAGGAUCCUAGUCUUGUGCGACUUGAUGCGGAUACCAAGGUUUCCCCCGAUUUGGAGACGGCAUUCUUCUCCGUCAAGGGAGCUGAAAAGGAAGGCUCCCUGCUACAUAUCCUCCAUGAUGUUAUCAAGGUUCCUCUGGGACCACCCGCUGGCGCAGAAGACGAGACGGAAAAGAAUUCAAGGAAACGGAAGCGCCAGCCUGACAAUGGUGCUGGAAAACCAACACAGCACUCGACCAUCAUCUUUACAGCUACAAAACACCAUGUCGAAUACCUGUACAACUUGUUGAAGCAGGCUGGAUUUGCAACAUCCCACGUGUAUGGUUCUCUUGACCAAACCGCUCGACGAAUACAAGUCGAGGAUUUUCGGAUGGGCAAGACAAAUUUGCUUGUCGUCACAGAUGUCGCUGCCAGAGGUAUCGAUAUUCCCGUGCUGGCCAACGUCAUCAACUACGACUUUCCCCCACAGCCAAAGGUUUUUAUCCACAGAGUUGGUCGUACGGCUCGUGCGGGCCAGAGAGGCUGGGCUUACAGUCUGGUUCGAGAUGUGGAUGCGCCGUAUCUGCUAGAUCUACAGCUUUUCUUGGGCAAGAAGUUGGUUGUCGGACAAGUGGAGAAGGAACCAUCAUACACUGACGAUGUUGUUGUUGGAGCCUUGCCACGAGAUGCUGUUGGAACCCACGUGGAAUGGCUCAACAAAUUCCUCGAUGAAAACGAAGACGUCGAAGCCCUGCGAGGGGUUGCCAUCAAAGCAGAAAAGCUCUAUAUGAAGACGCGAAAUUCGGCCUCGAGCCAGAGCGCGAAGCGUUCAAGAGAAGAGGUGGCUUCCAGGGGCUGGUCGCAGCUACAUCCGCUCUUUGGCAAGGACGUUGACGGCGCAGAAGAGGCUCGGGCUGCCAUGUUGGCCAAGAUUAGCAACUUUAGGCCCCAGGAGACCAUUUUUGAGGUUGGACAGGGAGACAAGGCGACGAGCGAGGCGGCAGAAGUGAUGAAGCAGCUUCGCAAGAGAGUCAGGCCACGCAAGAAGGAAGAAACCAAUGACGAAGAAAUGGAGGUUGACGACGACUACGGUGGCGUCCAAGCCCCAGACAGCGAUGAGGAUGCGAACAUGGAUGACGAUGACGAGUAUGGCGACGAUCUCGAGGUCACAAUCACCAACACCGGCAAGACUAAGAAGGAAAAGGGCCGGACUGACUGGCGCGACAACGAAGUCUUCAUGUCAUACACGCCGCGCACCAUCAACGCCGCCGAAGAGCGCGGCUAUGGCGUCCACUCGGGCGGCCAGGGCUCCAGCUUCGUCGAGCUCGCCCGCGACGCGACCAUGGACCUGACCAACGACGACACGGCAAAGGCCUUUGGCGCGCCGACGCGGCCGCGCAUGCGCUGGGACGCAAAGUCCAAGAAGUACGUCAACAGCGCAAACGACGAGGACGGCUCCCGCGGCGCAAAGAUGAUUGUCGGCGAGAGCGGCGUCAAGAUUGCCGCCAGCUUCAGCAGCGGCCGCUUCGACAAGUGGAAGAAGGCACAUCGCGUCCACAAGCUGCCUCAGGUCGGCGAGCUGGUCAAGCCUGGCAGCGGUGCUGCGCAGCUGCCGUCGGGCGUGCGGUACAAGCACAAGAAGGAGCUUGCGCCUAAGGAGGCUGAUAAGUACAGGGAUGACUUCCAUGUGCGCAAGAAGAGGGUUAAUGAGGCUCGUGAGAAGCGUGUUGGACGUUUCAAGGAUGGUAUGGGCAGCAAGAAGGAGGUUAAGGGAUUGACUGAUAUCCGCAAGGCAAGAGAGGAGAAGGAGCGCAAGAGGGCCAAGACGGGUAGACAUCAGCAAAGAGAGCUCUUGUGUGGCUAAAGUUCAACGUAGCAUUCAUAGCCCGUAUUCCUGUCAUGUCCAUCCAACGCCUCGCUCAAAAGUAAACGCGAAAAAAAAAGUAAUCAGAGCCAAAUAAAACGCUAGGCCAAAACAAAGAGAGAGUGUGAGAGAGAUGGAGAAAGAGAGAGAAGCUGCAGCAGCGAGAUGAAGCGUAGCUGCAUAGCAACGGAAGUCAAGCAUCGUAUAUUGGCUUCCAAACCAAUCUGUAUAAAUCAAAGAUAAGGCGCGUUAUAUUUCUUUGCGCCGUUGGGGGUAUCAUAAGGUAUGUUGUGAGUAGGAACUGGAGUAUUAGGGAGUAGGUGGUGGUACAAGCUUCGUUUGGUUGAUCGUCCCGUAUCGUAGAAACCAAAAGUUCAUAACGUCAUUAAUAAAAGAAACGUCAGAGGAAGUGUUGUAGAAGACAAGAAAAGAAAGAGUAAAAAAAGAUGAUACAAGAGGGAACGUGUGGCCCUCGGGGCUUAUUCGCUAGAGUCAAGAGUGCUUGCCCACUGCCUGACUGCGUCACGUAGAACGCUCUCGCUAGCUUGGCCCUGUUGCUUGCGUCCAAAACCGUUGCCAUCGUCGUUGUCGAUAACGUCUCGGAUGGUGUCUUCCAAGGCAGACAGCACCACCGUCUUGCACUGUCUCCGUGGUAUCUGGAGAGGAGGCUCUGGUAUCUGUGUCAUCUCCGAGAGCGUAUCCGGCAUGGUGCUGCCGCCACUGUCGAUAGGGCCGAGGAUAUCAACGUGGACCUGGGAAGAGGCAGAAGAAUGCUCCUUACUGGAGUCUGCAAUGAGGUGAAUGACCUUUUCCAAGGCAUCCGCCAAAUUCUCAUCGGGUACGGAUACUGUUUCCUCAAUCCACUCCUCAUCCAGCGUCGUUUCAUGAGGCAAAACUGAUGGAGUGAUGGCAACACCUCCAACCACGGGCUUUUCUACAGCCAGCCUUGGCUUGACCAACCGGCGGUAAGUAAUGCGGAGAAUCGAGUCUGUAGUGGUGUUGGCGACGAGAGCCGAGCUAACAUCAACCCAACGCUCAGAAACGUCGUUGCUGUCAGAUUGGACGACUACCGGGGUAGGCUCAGCCUGAAGCGCAGCCUUGACCUUGUCGAGAAGGUCUUCUUGAGGAGGAAGACCCUGCAAGACGAAAUCAGGAUGGAAACGG